UUAUUCUUUUUUAUUUUUAAUUAAUUUUUGUGGCUAAUAACCGACAUAAAAAAAUAAAAUUAAAACCCUCUAUAUAUAGACUUCCAUUACACUUUGAUCUAAUUUAUUAUAAAAUCUUUGGUUUGAUUUUUUGCAGAAGCAAAUCAAUCUCUUCAGUUUACGUGCUCACAGAACAAACCCUCUUAGGACCGUUUUCGAGUUUUCGACAAGCAAGGUACAUGGUUGAUCUAGACAUUCAGAUCCCCGCAGCUCUUGACCCGUUUGCAGACGCCGAGUCGGAGGCUCCUGGAGCGAAGGAGUAUGUGCAUAUUCGAAUUCAGCAAAGGAAUGGAAAGAAAAGCUUGACGACUGUUCAAGGGCUGAAGAAAGAUUUCAGCUACGAAAAGAUCCUCAAGGACCUCAAGAAGGAGUUUUGCUGUAAUGGGAAUGUUGUGCAGGAUAAGGAGCUAGGAAAGGUUAUCCAACUGCAAGGUGAUCAGCGUAAGAAGGUCGCGAAUUUCCUCGUUCAGGCCGGCCUUGUUAAGAAGGAUCGGAUCAAGAUCCAUGGUUUUUAAGCCUUGAGUUCUAUUCAGCUGAUGAACUAGAAGUUCAAUUUCCGUUUUUCGAAGUUUUUUAUUGCAGUUUGAUGUUUGUGGUUUGAUUUGAUUUCCUUUAUUGCAGUUUGAUUUGAUUUGAUUCGAAGUAGCGUGGAAUGUAAUCAGCUUUCGAAGUUGGUACUGAUAAAUAAAAUUGGAUGUUUUCUUGGGUUUGAAA